GAACGCGGAAUACAGUUUGUUUUUUCUCCGAUCUUCCGCAAAUAAAUUUGAAAAAUUGAAAACGCAAAAAUGGAAAAUAAUUUACAAAAUAUAUAAACAAGAAAAUACAAAACUGUGUAUACUAAAUGAAAAUUAAAUUGUGCAAUUAAUACUAAAUAUUUUAGCUAUGAAAUCACAACACGUGUGUUUAAAGCGUCGCCAGCAGCGAAAUCAAAAGAUAACGACAGUGCUUUGAAUUCAUUCAAACAUGAUUUUUUUGUUAUUUAUAAACAAAUUGAAUUGUCGUAAUCGUGUUCAAGUUAAAAAUUUCGUUUUUGGAAAAGCAAAAGAAACAGCUGCUGCCUUGUGAUUUGACGCGGGAAAACCUUGCCAAUACGCCGACACUUGACUGGCAACAACAGCAACAACAACAAGAAUAUUAAAGGAGACAGCAAAAGGAAAACACUCCCAACACACACACAAACUGUGUAUUAUGCCAGCAGGAAUCGAUAACUCAGUUCGAGUGCGAAUCAACAAUAUAAAUCAAGCAGAAGGCGAAGAAGAAGUCGUUGCUGUAGAAUGAAAAGCCGCACGGAAAAGGAUUACGACAGUGCGACGCCAGCGUUGCAGCAACAAAUGAACCUCGCACGCCGCGCCUGUUGGCCAGGUCCAACAACAGCAACAGCAUCUGCAACUGCAACAUCACAUCCGAGUCAAAGUCCAAGUCCAAGUCCAGUUUCCACUCUCAAUUGCUGUGCAUACCCAUCAAAUGGUGCUAAACAAAUUCAACUAAACGAAUUAACAACUUGCCAGUUGGCCAAUCCAAUGAGUCGAAAUCAAAGUGACAGCAACAGCAGCCGUUCACAACAACAACAACAACCACCACCACCGAGUGAGCAACCACCAACAAGAGUUUACCACAAGCCAAGGCAGCAACAGUCAAGGAGUAUGUCGCUUUUGCUGCUGCUGCUCUGCAGCUUUUGCCUGCUUCUCGCCGGGAGCGAAGCACGUCCAAAUGUCAGUGCCAGCUCCAGUUCGAGUUCGAGUUCGAGUUCCAGCUCCAGCACCGCCCAACCACCGGCUGCAGUCACGCAGUUAAACCUGCCGCAGACAGCGACGCCGUCAGUUUUGGCCACCACAAACGCCGCAUCGUCCACCAUGCCACCACAGCAGCCAGUUGCCGAGGAGCUUAAGGACCCAGAUCCUUUUGAUGUGGAGAUGGACGACGAAGAGGGGGGACACCACAAGAUGGAGCGCUAUCCGCUGUCGCAAGUGGACUUUGCGCGCGUGAAGACGCCGUUUAUAAUUGGCAUUUGGAUCUUAUCGGCGAGCAUAGCCAAAAUCGGUUUCCAUAUGACACCCAAAUUGCAUCUGAUAUUUCCGGAAUCAUGUUUGCUGAUUGUGGUGGGCGUGGUCAUUGGCGUUGUGCUUUAUUUCUGCACCGAUGUCGCCGUCUCGCCUCUGACGCCCAACACAUUCUUCUUCUACAUGCUGCCACCGAUAAUCCUGGAUGCCGGCUACUUUAUGCCCAAUCGCAUGUUCUUCGAUAACCUGGGCACCAUCCUCCUCAUGGCUGUUGUGGGCACCAUCUUCAAUGUGGCCACAAUUGGUGGCUCGCUUUAUGCCUGCGGCGUGUGCGGCAUCUUUGGGGAUGAGACACCGAAGCUGCUGGAUGUAUUUCUGUUUGCCUCGCUAAUAUCCGCCGUAGAUCCGGUCGCUGUUCUGGCCGUCUUUGAGGAAAUCCAUGUCAACGAAAUCCUGUACAUUGUCGUCUUUGGCGAAUCCCUGCUAAACGAUGCCGUUACCGUUGUCAUGUAUCACAUGAUGGAGUCCUAUAAUGAGAUUGGUCUGCCGAAAAUAAAUGGCCAGGACAUUGCCUACGGUAUGGGUUCCUUUUUCGUUGUCGCUCUCGGUGGCACAGCAAUUGGCAUCAUUUGGGGUUUCUUAACUGGUUUAGUUACUCGUUUCACGGAUCAUGUGCGCGUUAUAGAGCCGAUAUUUAUAUUCGUCAUGGCCUAUCUGGCUUAUCUGAAUGCGGAAAUCUUUCACAUGAGCGGCAUACUCGCCAUAACAUUCUGUGGCAUUACAAUGAAGAACUAUGUGGAAUCGAAUAUAUCGCAAAAGUCGCACACAACUGUUAAAUACGCAUUGAAAAUGUUAUCGAGUUCGGCUGAGACGAUCAUAUUUAUGUUCCUAGGCGUUGCCACCGUCAACAACAUGCACGUUUGGAAUACUUGGUUUGUGGUGCUCACCAUUGCCUUCUGCUCCGUCUUUCGCGUAAUUGGUGUUAUACUGCUGUCGGCGAUUGCCAAUCGCUUUCGAUUGCACAAAUUGUCGCGCGUGGAUCAGUUUGUGAUGUCUUAUGGUGGUCUGCGUGGUGCCGUCGCCUUUGCCCUCGUGCUGCUCGUCGAUGAGAAGGUGGUCAAGCAUAAGAACAUGUUUGUGACCACCACAAUAGCUGUGAUCUACUUUACUGUCUUUCUGCAAGGCAUCACCAUAAAGCCGCUUGUCAAGAUACUCAACGUGAAGCGAGCCAACAAACGCAAGCCCACAAUGAAUGAGCGUAUUCAUGAGAGGUUUAUGGAUCAUUUGAUGGCUGGCAUUGAGGAUAUUGUGGGCAAGACAGGCAACUACAAUGUUCGUGAUAAGUUUAAGCGCUUCGACAAUCGCUUUAUACGCCCCCUGUUGAUCCGAGAUUUGAAGGGCGCUGAACCGAAGAUCAUUGAGACAUACUCCAAGCUAACAAUGCGCGAUGCCAUGGAGGUGAUGCGACGCAAUCCCUCGACAAUUGGACAGAUGACGGGCACCGAGUCGAUGAGUGCAUUGUUUAGGAAUUACACCAAUAAUUAUAUUGGCGGCAGUCCCAGCUUAACGAAUUUGGAUAAUACCUGCUCGCAUAAUCUGGAUAUGGCGGAACUUGACUAUAAUCCAUCCAAAAAGGAUUUGACUGAUGCCAGGAUACAUCAUUUGUUAGCCGAAGAACUGAAGCCUUAUCGCAGGCACCGUCGUCUUAGUUAUAGCCGACACGCAGUAGAUGACAGAGAUUUGUCCACACAGGUCAAUUAUAAAAUGCAAAUGAAUUUCCGGCGCAUGUUCAACGAUCGUAAGCAUCACAAGCGAAGCAAACGUGGUGCCAGCAAUAAAGAACCCAAAGAGAAUGUCAAGCAGAAUCAUGUGUCUUUCACCGAUUUCCAGCAGAACGGCACCGCAAAACAGCUGUCCAAUGCCGACGAGCAUCAACAGAAUCCAAAUGAGAUCAAUGUCAUUGGACCCAAUGACGAUUGGGAUGAUGGUCUGACAUUCACGGCUAAAUCAUCACCUGACUCGGAUCGGGCCAAUAAUAACUCGUUGAUAGCGCAUAUACAAAACCUGCCCGGUUUUGAUGCAUCCAAGGCGCGCAUCGUUCAGCAUUAUGCGCCCAAACUUGAGGACGGUCCUCAGCAAGAGCUUGACUCGCCGGAUCCACCAGUUGGACCCACAGCGGCUGAAUUGAUUCUGCCCUGGCGACGGGAUCGUUCAUACCAGAGCAUUGUGGCGGAGCAUCCCAUACCCGAAGAGGAUCGCAAUCUGUCGCGUGACUCGGAUGGCGAGAGGCGUGUGGCCACGCCCACAGCCACCGAAUCACAGCUACCAUGGAAGCGACAGGGUGACGAAUGCACCGAUGCCGUGCAGCAGAAUGAAUUCCCCGCCUGGGCCUCGAACAAGGAGUAUUUGGCCUACAAUUCGCCAAGCGCCACAUUUCUAGGUGGUAUAAACAAGCCUAAACAGCCCAAGUCCGUCAUAGGUCUGUUUCGACGUGAAAGUUCCAGCUCCAAAGCUGGCAGUCUGGGCAGCGUGGAUCCCAAUUUGGAGCCCUCGUCAACGACGGCGACGAUGAUCAACAAUUCAACGGCGCCAUCAACGUCCAUGAUGCACAAUCCGCGACUCGACAAUCGAUCGCAGUCCAUCUCAUCGGGCACCUUGGGCAGCCACCUCGUUGGCCCCGAUGGCCACACUGGACCGUUUCCGGUCACCGCCAGCCAUCGACGCAAUGUGCGACGCGGCUCCAUGCUGGAGCUGAGCGGACUUAUUGUAACUGGACGCAGGCCCAGUAGAAUUUUGCUCUGUAGUCCAGGAGCUAAUAAUUUGCUAGAGAACACACCAACAACAACAGCAACCACAACAGCCAGAAUAACAACAACAACAACAACAUCAGCAACAACAAGAACAAGCCCUACCAACAAUACCAAUUCAACUGCAAAUAAAUUAUGCAUAACUCCAACAACAACAACAACAACUCCAACAACAAUAACUUCGACAAGCAAUUCAACAACAACUCCAACAACAAUAGCAGAAAUUACGACAUCGAGUAACAAUUCCCCGAGCAACUCAUCAACAACGAACUACAGCUCCCCAACAUCGGAGAGUAGCGGAGCUACAUACUAUUCAAAUGACACAAUACCCGAGGAAUCGAGCUACCAGCACGGACACUCUAAGUCGCUAUGCGAGCCAGCCGAUGGCGAUGAUUGGGAAGGAGUUCCGUUGGCCACCACCGCCGGCGUCGGAGUCGGGGCCGUUGCCGCGUCAAAGAGCGAGAGGCAAAUGCACAGCGGACGAGAGCCCUUGUUGCCACGUCUAACGUCGACGCCGCGUGCCCAGAUCCGGCAUAUGAACGCUGGCGCCGUGGGCGGUGCGGCGGUGGGCGUGCCCGGGUGCAAGAAUCAGGUGACAACGGCGCUGCUGGACUACGAGGAUACGGAGAGUGAGUCGGAAGACGAGGAUGAUGAUGACGAUGAAGGCGAAGACUUUGAUUUGUACGAUGAUGAGAAUAUUGUAGUCACCACGUUUACGACGCCUCAAGAUCUGACCCGACGUGGGGGAGCAGCUGGCGGAGGAGGAGGAGGAGGAACCACGACGACGACAAGUAUUCGCCUGACCCGCAACAAUGACGAGAGCAUCAUUUGAGUGUCGAGCAUCGAGGAAGGUGCCAGGGAUGGCGACGGCUUUCAAUAUGAAAUGUUUUACUGAGAUCGGCAACGAUUAGGUGGAUAUGCAUACUUAUACAUAUAACUAGUUUGAUCUAGUGCGAAAAAAAGCUGCAGAAAACAAAAACGAAAAUGUUUUCAAAAUGGUUUAAAACAAAAAGCUUUACAAGUAAUACCAAUAACAAAUUGUAUAUAUUAAGAACAAGAAGAACUAGUACGAUUAAUAAUCUUUAACAACAUUUCCGUUUCCCCUUCUGCUUUCCUACAUUCAGAAUUCUCUUUUAACUUCAUUUUCGCUUUCAACUUUCGAUGAAAAGUAACUUCCAGCUUUUGUUUCCCACUUGCUGCUGGCAAUUGUUAACUAAUAUAUUUAUUGUACAUUUUAAUAGUUAAUGCUAAUGUGUUCCAGAAAAAACAAAACUAGGAAAACACAUGAAACUGUGUAAUAAUUAACAAAAGGUAGCCAAAGUUCAGAUUAAGUUGAUUGUCUGUGUGGUUCGUUUUUUUAGUUUAGACAAUUUUAUUAAUGUAAUCGAUUAAAAGUAUAUAUAUAAAAUUAUAUUUAUUACUGUGUUGCUAACGGUACUUAGGCGCGUUUAGUUCAAUUUUAGUUGUAAAUUAAAUUAAAUUUAACAUAAAUACAACACAACUAAUAAAUUACAUUCGGACAGUGUAAAAAGUAAACUGAAACUAGUUAAAAGGCCGCAGAGUCGCGCAGAGAGAAAUAUAACUAACUAAUACCUUAAAAUAAGCCAACUAAUAGUACUUACAGUGCAUAGCUAAAACGUAUUUAGCAAGAGUUAUGUAAUUUAUAAAUUAUUUUUGUAAACAUUUACGAUAGUACAGCGAUAGUAAAGUGCGAUGAGACCACAAGAGUUGAGAAUGACAAACGAAGUAUAGAAGAGUCCUUGACAAAUCUCAAGCGUAAAUAUUGUAUAGGUACAGAGUAAGCGUGAAUUUUGACUAUCCCAAUGAUAUAAGUAAGCAUGUUCAAUAUGUAGUCAAAUAUAGAAAAUAGACCACACAUACACAACACUCACACAAACAAAUAAAACGAGGGCUGCAAAACUUGCCACCCAAUCAAUUAUUGCUAGCAAAAGAAGAAAGAAAGAAGAAAAUCGCCCUCCUAACUUGAUUUUACCUUUGAAUGUGCUUAGUACCAAUAAAUACAAAAUGUCAAAUAUUUAUUUAAUUAUUUGUAACAAUUAGGUAUCUCGAUUCGUGUGUAGGUUAUCCAAGAAAUUGCCUUCUAUAUAAUUACAAGUAUAGUAUGCACCUUAACUUUGUCCAAAUGCGAUCAUUCAGUUGUGAAGCAGCUAAAAAGCGCUACCUAUCCAAGAAUACUGUUUUAUUUUCGAGUUUACUAAUUAACAAGUCGUAUUCAAUUUAUUUAACAGAAAGACAAUAAGCAGCCUCAGGAAAUUUCAUCGUGGAAUUUCUUGUUAAUUGUCAUUUCACACUAAACAAAAACAAUAACAAAAACAUAAAUUGCGAAAAACUUGCAAAAAAAAUAAAAAUAAAAAUAGUAAAUGAAAAUAAUCAGAGCUGUGUUAUUAAUUGAGCGCGUUUUCUAUAUAAAAUUUAGCACUAUCUGUGAAAUUGGAUAAACUAAAAAGAAAAUUGUUGACAUAAAAACUUUAUAUGAAAAACGACAGCUCAUUAAAAUUGCUUGAGAGCAUAACUAAAUAAAAGAAAACUUAAAAUUGAAAAAAUACAGCAGAACGUUUGCUAAUUUCAUACUGUAGGCCUUAAGUUGUGCAUAUUUAAAUAAAUACGAUUAACUAAAAACCUUAACAAUUGAUACCGACAAAAACUAAUUGCGAAAAUUCACCAAAAUUAAUUAGCAACAAGAAAAACACACCCGAAAAAAUAAAAAUUGUAAACUGUUAAACUGAUUUUAAAUAUUGUAUAAGUGAAUUUUACUAAAAAUAAAUGCAAACGAAAAUCAAAUAAUUAACAAA